AUGCAAUCGGCGCUCCCACGACCCAUUCUACGGAUAACCACCAACCCAGCGCUUCUGCGGUCGUUUUCUGUUGCUCCGACCGCCAUGGCUGCUGGUGAUCUGGGGUCUACGAAGCCCAGAGGCUUCAUGGCCGAGAAGGACUCCUUCACCAAACGCGAGGCUGCGCACGAAGCGAUGUAUAUUAAAAAACUGGAAAUGGAGAAGAUCGAGCGACUCAGGCAGAAGCUGCAGGAGCAGCGCAAGCAUAUGGACGAACUUGACAAGCAUCUUGAUGAGUAUACAAAGAAUCAAGGUGGCGAGCUCAAUUAG